AUGCACCUCCGAACCUGGCCCCGGCCGGACGCAACGGCUGACGCGGAGGCCCUCAUCCAGACCCGAAGACUUGUCCGACGAGAUGUAUCCAGUGCUGCGAUCGCCGUAGGUGGCGCCCUCGGCCUGUUUGUCGUCGUGGCCAUCCUUAUCGCCGUCAUGGCCUGCUGCACCAAGCGACGAAAACUCAAGCAGUUCCGCACGCAAGGAUACGAAUCCACAGCGACGGCCGAGGAUACGACGGAGCUAGCACCGGCCGCCGCCCACGUCGCGGUACCACCACAAGCGCAAACGACCGGUGGCCGUAGCGGCGACGGCGUGGAUAGGCACACGUCGGUGCGCUCCGUCAUGACGCUCCCUGCCUACCGCGCCGAGGCGUCGAACAAUGAGCAGGUGCUGGGGCGGGCGGGUGACCGCGACGGCGUCGACGUCAUCGUGGACCUGCCGACCGAGGAGCAAGAGGAAGCGCUGCGAGACGAGGAGAUGGAGGCGCUGUACCAGAUUCGUGCCCUGCGAAGGCAGCAGAUCCUCGAGAGGGAGCAGCGCCGAGCAGAGCGCGAGGAGGCGCGAGCGCGUAACGACCACGCGGCGCUGGCGGACAUUAGGGAGCGUGCUCGCGCCGCGCGCGAGGCGGCGCUUGCAAGCAGCGAGACCAUCAACGAGCUGCGGCAGGACGCUACCCGUGCACAGGGGCAGCGUGUACGGUCGGUAUCGACCGUCUCGUACGGCGACCUCGGCGUCGCGAGGCACGAUGGCAGUCGCGUUCGCGCACGUAGCAACGACAGCGAGCGUAUGGGUCUGCUCGCCGACGCCGCUAGUAUUGCCGGGGAGGCGACAGCAGCCCAGUCCGAGGCGCGACACGACCGUAACGCGAGUGUGAGCUCUCUGGUGAGCGCCGACAACGAUGGCGGUAGCGGGCUGCCCUCGCCGGCGUACUCACGCGAGACUUCAACUUUAGGGCGAGUGGUCACUGGCGGCAGUGAUUCGCCGUUCGCGGGACCCAGCCCCGAGCUGGUCGAGGUGCCGCUGGACUUUGGCGGGGAGGAACGGCCGCCGCCACCGGGCUACGAGGAGGCGCACCCGCAUGCGACUUUGCCGCCGGGCUACACUGCGCGCGGUAGCGUAAGCAACCCGCAAUCGCCGUCUGGCGAGUUGCAGGUAGCCGCAGAAGCGGCCCGGUCACAACAACAGUCUCCCAGUUCCAGACGGCCGGUGCCGCAGAUUGUGAUUGAGCGGCACCCGCAUUGA